CAGCAGCGUUAGAACUCUGUGCCAGAUGAGUGAUCUCUCGACCUCUGUGAUAUAAUUGAUCAAUAUGCCUUCCUGGUGAAGGGAAAUAUAUACACGCCUUUUCCAAAAACAUACAACGGCGUGUUUCAAUAAUAAGGGUUCACCAUGACGACAUUCAUUUGCUAUUUAUUCCCCACAUGCUUGCAACCAUUCUGUUUCCAACUACAUAGUUAGAAAUUGUUGGAUUGCAUCGUUUGCUAUUUUUACUGCACAAUCUGUGAAAUGUCGUUCUACAAUUUAAAUGUUGUUUUUUCGAUAACCGCUCCUGUGAGACAAUAUGGAACGUAUUUCAACUUUGAAAGUCUUUGAAUAAAUGAAAAUAGCUGUCACACGCAUGACCAAUAAAUAUGAGGUUGCUUUUAUACAUGUAGAAAACAUACAAGGUGUAACGACGGUUCUCAGGCGCAAAGCCAUUUAUUGCCAGACUGGAAUAAUAAUCCCAAGUAACGAUCGCUAUUAGAAAUAAUUAUUGGCAUGACAGGUCCUUGGCAAGUGCGUAUUUCAAAUGUCUUUGAGCCAAUAGCAUUUUGCCCCACCUUAACCAUGACUGAUUCUGAGAAGCAUUAAGAUGGAUCAGGGCCGUUUUCUAGCACAUUGCACUGUACGUGAUCUCAUCAGUUGUGUGUCUGCUGAGAUCUGACGCUGGGCUCCAGCCUGUGCUAAGCUCUGCGGUGGAGUCAAGUCUGAGGCUGGAGAGGGAGAGGUGCUGGAGUGGCGUGCCGCAUUAGCACGGACACACACUCAGCACGCACACACACUCUCCUCUCUUCCAGCUCACGACAAGGUCAAUUCCCCUCCUCCCUGCCCACACAGACGAGAGAGAGAGAGAGAAAUCCCCUCAACCUCCUCCCUUUUUCCCGCCCAGUUAAGGGGAGAGAGGCUGAGUGAGGGCAGACAAGAAAACAACCAAAAAUGUUUGCACCGACGCCGAACGCGUGAAGCAACAAGAAAAAAAACUGAAGGAAACCACAACGUGACAGAGCGAGUGAAAGCCGGGAAACCGAUCCCAGUGUAUUGCGUUUCAAAACAGCAGCAGCAGCAGAUUUAGAGAAGAUGGCUUCUCCCUCCUCCUCCACCGCCUCCUCCCCGCAUGGGGGCGGGACUUCACCAAACCCGCCAGACCGCAUUCGCCAGCAAGGUGGGAGUGAAAUCACCCCCCCUCCCCGGGAGAGGUUGUUACGUCACAGGGUAACUUUCCAGGAUCAGAUGGUCCCAAGUCGUCAGGAGUCUGACAGCAAUGCAAGCUUCCUCCGUGCUGCCAGAGCAGGGAAUCUGGACAAAGUGCUUGAAUACCUCAAAGGAGGGAUAGAUAUCAACACAUCCAAUCAGAAUGGCCUCAAUGCAUUGCAUCUGGCAGCAAAAGAAGGGCACGUGGAUCUUGUGCAGGAAUUAUUGGAGAGAGGUGCAGUUGUUGAUUCAUCGACAAAGAAAGGAAACUCAGCCCUUCACAUCGCAUCUCUGGCUGGACAAACUGAGGUAGUGAGAACUCUAGUGAAACAGGGAGCCAAUAUCAAUUCGCAGUCCCAGAAUGGAUUUACUCCACUCUACAUGGCUGCGCAGGAAAAUCAUAUUGAGGUUGUGAGAUUCCUUCUGGAGAUUGGAGCUAACCAGAGCACAGCCACUGAGGAUGGGUUCACCCCCCUUGCUGUUGCAUUGCAACAGGGCCACAACCAAGUCGUUGCCAUCUUACUGGAGAAUGACACCAAGGGGAAGGUGCGGCUUCCAGCCCUGCACAUUGCUGCCAGGAAAGAUGAUACCAAAUCUGCGGCAUUGUUACUCCAGAAUGAUCACAAUGCUGAUGUACAGUCCAAGAUGAUGGUGAAUAGGACUACAGAGAGUGGCUUUACUCCUCUGCAUAUUGCUGCCCACUAUGGAAAUGUGAAUGUAGCCACUUUGCUAUUAAAUCGAGGAGCUGCUGUAGAUUUCACAGCACGGAAUGGAAUCACUCCACUACAUGUAGCUUCCAAACGAGGAAAUACCAAUAUGGUGAAACUGCUUCUAGACCGAGGCGCUCAGAUAGAUGCCAAGACACGGGAUGGAUUGACUCCACUUCACUGUGCAGCAAGGAGUGGACAUGAUGGAGCUGUAGAAAUUCUGCUUGAAAGGGGAGCACCAAUGCUCGCCAGGACAAAGAAUGGUUUGUCCCCUCUCCACAUGGCUGCACAGGGAGAUCAUGUGGAAUGUGUCAAGCAUCUACUGCAGCAUAAGGCACCUGUUGAUGAUGUAACUCUCGAUUAUCUCACUGCUUUGCAUGUUGCUGCUCAUUGUGGGCACUACAGGGCUACCAAACUACUACUCGAUAAGAGAGCCAAUCCUAAUGCUCGGGCACUGAAUGGCUUUACUCCACUGCAUAUUGCAUGUAAGAAAAACCGUGUUAAAGUGAUGGAACUUCUUGUGAAAUACGGGGCCUCAAUACAAGCCAUAACAGAGUCUGGCCUUACACCUAUACAUGUGGCUGCCUUCAUGGGCCACUUGAAUAUAGUACUCCUUUUGCUGCAGAAUGGAGCGUCUCCAGAUGUUUCUAACAUUCGUGGAGAAACUGCAUUGCACAUGGCUGCAAGAGCUGGACAGGUGGAAGUCGUGCGCUGCCUACUGCGCAAUGGGGCCCUCGUGGAUGCCAAAGCUAGAGAGGAUCAGACGCCUUUACACAUUGCCUCAAGGUUGGGUAAAACUGAGAUUGUGCAACUGCUGUUGCAGCAUAUGGCUUUUCCAGAUGCCUGCACCACAAAUGGUUACACUCCACUACACAUUUCUGCCAGGGAGGGGCAGGAAGAUGUGGCUUCCAUUUUGCUUGAGGCAGGUGCUACACAUUCAUUAGCUACAAAGAAGGGAUUUACCCCACUACAUGUCGCAGCUAAGUACGGGAGCCUAGAUGUGGCAAAGCUCCUUCUGCAACGCUCUGCUUCUCCAGACUCUGCUGGCAAGAAUGGCCUAACCCCACUCCAUGUUGCUGCUCACUAUGACAACCAGAAGGUGGCGCUGCUGUUGCUGGAGAAAAGUGCCUCUCCCCAUGCCACUGCCAAGAAUGGCUAUACGCCUCUGCACAUUGCUGCCAAAAAGAACCAAAUGGAAAUUGCCACCACCUUAUUGGAAUAUGGAGCUCAGACUAAUGCACUAACAAAGCAGGGAGUGACACCCCUCCACCUGGCAUCGCAGGAGGGACAUGUGGAAAUGGUUUCAAGCUUGAUGGAUAAAAAUGCCAAUGUUAGUGCGGCCACGAAGAGUGGAUUGUCAGCACUGCAUUUGGCAGCUCAGGAGGAUAAGAUCAAUGUUGCAGAAAUUCUGGUAAAACGAGGUGCAAAUCUUGAUGCACAGACUAAGGUUGGCUACACUCCACUGAUUGUGGCUUGUCACUAUGGAAAUGUUAAGAUGGUCAAUUUCCUCCUGCAGCAUGGUUCCAAUGUUAAUGCCAAAACCAAGAAUGGAUAUACACCUUUGCAUCAGGCAGCACAACAGGGUCAUACCCAUAUCAUCAAUGUCCUCCUUCAGCACGGAGCCAGAGCCAAUGCCAUCACUGCAAAUGGUAACACUGCCUUAGCAAUUGCCAAACGUCUUGGAUAUAUCUCUGUGGUUGACACCUUGAAGGUUGUCACAGAAGAAGUCACCACCACUACAACAACGGUAACUGAAAAACACAAGCUGAAUGUACCUGAGACAAUGACCGAGAUUCUGGAUGUCUCAGAUGAGGAAGGAGAUGAUACGAUGACCGGUGAUGGAGGAGAGUACCUUAGACCAGAGGACUUGAAAGAACUCGGUGAUGACUCUCUACCGAGCAGUCGAUACCUGGACAAUAUGAUGUAUAGAGGAAUAGGACGACUUGGAGAACGCUCAGACAGACUAUAUACCGAAACCAACCACGUAGGUUUUGUUGCUCUGACUUAUUUAGCUGCCAUAUUAAGUUCAGACAGGUCCAACACACCAAGCCAUGGCCCUUACCAGAGGGACAGUGCCAUGAUUGAAGAAUUAAUCACAGCUACAAGUAGCCAGGUAGCUCUGGCCAAGGGCCCUGACAAGGACUCAUCAUAUCGCUUAAGUUGGGAAGGAGACAACUUAGACAAUGUGGCUCUUUCAUCAAGUCCAAUCCAUUCAGGCUACUGGAGCAAGAUGGUGCAAGACAUAGGAACCUUACAACCAGCAGGCUGUUCUUCUCCAAUCCCUGAAAGUGAAUCAAGUUUCCUGGUUAGUUUCAUGGUGGAUGCACGUGGUGGAUCCAUGCGGGGCUGCCGACAUAAUGGCCUGAGAAUUAUUAUUCCCCCUCGCAAGUGUACAGCACCAACACGCGUGACGUGCCGACUGGUCAAACGUCACAGACUGGCCACAAUGCCUCCUAUGGUGGAAGGAGAGGGCCAUGCCAGUCGGCUAAUUGAAGUUGGACCAUCCGGUGCACAGUUCCUUGGUAAACUACACCUUCCUAACUCUCCUCCCCCGCUAAAUGAGGGAGAAAGCUUGGUUAGCCGAAUCCUGCAGCUUGGGCCUUCAGGAACCAAAUUCCUUGGGCCUGUGAUUGUAGAGAUUCCACACUUUGCGGCUGUGCGUGGGAAAGAACGGGAACUGGUGGUGCUACGCAGUGAAACAGGGGAGACCUGGAAGGAACAUCAGUGUGAAUAUACUGAGGAAGAAUUGAAUGAAAUAUUGAAUGGGAUGGAUGAAGUGCUUGACAGCCCAGAGGAACUUGACAAAAAACGUAUUUGCCGCAUCAUCACCAGGGAUUUCCCACAGUACUUUGCAGUUGUGUCCAGGGUCAGGCAGGACAGUAACUUGAUUGGGCCAGAAGGAGGUGUAUUGAGCAGUACUGUUGUACCACAGGUUCAAGCUGUCUUCCCUGAGGGAGCAUUAACUAAAAGGAUUAGAGUUGGCCUCCAGGCCCAGCCCAUGCAUGUUGAGCUAGUCAAGAAAAUUCUUGGUAACAAGGCAACCUUUAGUCCAAUAGUCACCCUGGAGCCUCGAAGAAGGAAAUUCCAUAAACCAAUAACAAUGACAAUUCCUAUUCCAAAAUACUCUGCUGAAGGGCUAAUGAAUGGCUACGGUGGAGACACUCCAACUCUCAGGUUACUUUGCAGUAUAACAGGUGGAACAACGCCAGCCCAAUGGGAAGAUAUAACUGGAACUACGCCUUUAUCAUUUGUCAAUGAGUGUGUUUCCUUCACAACAAAUGUGUCAGCCAGGUUCUGGCUCAUAGAUUGCCGGCAGAUCCAAGAAUCUGUCAACUUUGCCACUCAAGUGUACAGAGAAAUUAUCUGUGUACCAUACAUGGCCAAAUUUGUAGUUUUUGCCAAAUCACUUGAUCCAAUCGAGGCACGAUUGAGAUGUUUUUGUAUGACAGAUGACAAGGUGGACAAGACAUUGGAACAGCAGGAAAAUUUCACGGAGGUUGCAAGGAGCAGGGAUGUAGAGGUAUUGGAGGGCAAGCCCAUUUAUGCUGACUGUUUUGGCAACCUUGUGCCUCUCACAAAGAGUGGACAACAUCAUCUUUUCAGUUUCUAUGCUUUCAAAGAAAAUAGACUUGCACUGUUUGUUAAGGUUAGAGAUACGACCCAGGAACCUUGUGGACGAUUAUCCUUUAUAAAAGAGCCAAAAUCGACAAGAGGUCUGGUCCAACAUGCAAUCUGCAACCUAAAUAUUACUCUACCCCUUUACAGCAAGGAGUCAGAUUCAGAUCAGGAGCAAGAGGAAGAGGUGACUGGAAAAGAAGAUAAAUAUGGAGAGGAGGAGACCGAAUGUGCUGAGAUUUCUUCUGUCAUAAAAUCCCAUCUUGUCCAUGAUGCCCCUGUACUAGCAAGCCCAGACUUGCUUUCAGAUGUGUCUGACAUGAAACAAGAUCUAAUCAAAGUGACUAAAAUUUUAAAGACAGACUCAACAGCAGGAAGUAAAGGAAGCCCCAUUGAGGUGAAAGAGUUUGUAAAAGCAGCUGAAGAAGAAUCAGGUGAGCCGUUUGAAAUUGUAGAGCAAGUAAAGGAAGACUUGGAAAAAGUGAGUAAGAUUUUAAGUGGAACAGACACAGGUGAAGAAGCUAUACAUGAUGUAAUUGGUGCUGGAAGAGAUGAAGAUUUAUCAGAGGAAGAUUGGAUUAUUAUUGGUGAUGAAGAAAUUGAAGAGGUGAAACGAGAGAUACCAGCAGAGAUCUGUGAACCUAUAUUUGUAGAACACAGAAUUGACAGAGGAACCAUAGAGACAAUUGAGAAAGAUAUGAGUGGCAUGCUGAAGUAUUUGGACAAUGAUUUAGAUACAUACUUAACUCAUGAAGUAGUGAUACCUCCAGCAGCCUGCCAAAUAGAUAUGGUUCAAGAAAAAAUUGAUGCAACAAUAGUUACCAAAGAUAGUAAAAAGGGAACAUAUCAUGUGAUUUCAGAAUCUGUACCAUCAGAGGAGAGGAAAGAACAUGAAUUAUCUCACAAAAUCAAAGAUGAAACUAAAUUAGUUCCUGGAAAAACAAAACCUGUGUUUGAAAGAUUUAAGGAAGAAAAUGCUACAAUAUAUUUUAAAGAUCCCGCAUUUCAAGGUUUAGCUACAGACAGUAGGACAGACCUUAGAAAAAUGCAGGAGAAUAUUAUCACUGAAUCUGAUUUCACGAAAGCAGUGAAGGAAGACUCAACAUUAGUGCUCCCACCAGUAGAAGAUGAUAUUUCACCUUUGGUGGAAGAAACUCCAAUUGGUUCAAUAAAGGAGAAGGUAAAAGCUCUCCAGAAGCGUGUGGAAGCAGAGGAAGGACAACGCAGACAAACUAAAGCUCCAGUAAAGGAUGAGAUUCCCACAGCAUCAACAAAACGAGUAAUGAACAAAGAGGCCCCUGUUUCUUCCACUGUUACAGAACGACUUGAAGAAACAAUGUCAGUGCGUGAACUGAUGAAAGCAUUCCAGUCAGGACAAGAUCCAUCCAAGAAAAUGUCUCGGCUCUUCCAACACACAUCUGAUACUUCACAAACGUUGAAAGAAGUAAAGAAACUGGAACAAUCUCACCCUGUAUGUGAAAGUAAAAAAAGUCAACCUGACUUACUCUCCCAUACAGUUGGUAAAAAUGCUGAGGCAGAUGAGUUAGAAUCUCCAUCAAAAGAAUCUCAGUCACAAAUACUCUCACAAGAUAUAUCACCGAGAGAGUACAAUGGCAAAAUUGCAAUUGGCUCAAUUUCAUAUGACUCUGGGGAAGUAAAAAAGGAAGUUAUAGCAAAGAAACUGAUACCAGCCAGCAAAGAUAAACAAGCAAUCACAAUAUCUAUUGGAAAAAAUGAUCUGAGUUUUGCAACAUCAGAGAAAUAUGAAUCUGUUUUUACUGAGGAUACUGAAAAACAAUCUGAGAUAUAUAGUAGCAGAAUAGCUGUCAAUGCGGAUUUACAGAUCAGUCCAGACAGAAAAACAUCCACUGAUUUCACAGAUGUCAUCAAAGAGGAGUUAGAAGAUAAUGACAAAUAUCAGCAAUUUAAGAAGAUUUCAGACACUCCAGAAGCAGAACUCUAUCUUGAACAAGUAGUGACCAGUCCACUUCACCAUGAUCUGAAUAUUAGUUUCCCGCAAGAAUAUGUGAAGGAUGGUUUUCCACCAGAUGUGUCAUUGCAAAAUGGUACCCUUGAUGAUAGCUCAGAAAGUCUAAAACAUGAAGGCAUUGCUGACUCUCCCAGCUUUAGUUUAGGUGAUGGCACACCUCAGAUUAGUUCUGAGGAGAGUUACAAACAUGAAGGUCUUGCAGAGACUCCUGAAACAAGCCCUGAAAGUCUGUCCCUUUCACCAAAGAAAGCAGAAGAUGAAACAGGAGAAAAGCAUGAUGCUGGAGAUUUUGUCAAAACAGAGAGUAAGGACCAAAAUAUUCAGAAAGAUGCACCUUCCACACAGAUCAUUGAUUAUACUGUUACCACAGAAAAGGAAGGUGAUUCUGUUAUAAAAUCAUCUGCCUUGAUUGGGGAGCUUGUGGAUGACACUGCCUCGCAAGAGAAAAUGCAUUCAUAUGAAAAAAUUGUCUCAACUGAAGUAGUUUCUGACAUAAAAACAACGAAAGAUUUUAUUGAUGGAACUGAUGCUGAGCUGACUACAGACUCCGGCUGCAUAGAAUAUGAUGAGUUUCAAUCAACAGAGGUGACCCAAGCCACAUCCUUUUUAGAUGAAGUAGAUGAGGAGACCACCAGUGAAUCUGUCUCUGCUCUUAAAGCUGCAGAUGAUACCAGUGAAAAAGAUGGUUUUCUACAAGAAGAAAUAGCAUCUCUUCCCAAUCUAGAUGUACAUGGUGUUUCAUUGGGAAGUCGAUUUGAAGACAAAGAUGUAAACCUUUUUAGUUCCAUACCAGUAGGGAAAACGGACGCUGCUUUGGAAGAAAAGAACCAAAUGAUAGAUUCACCUGUUAGCCCUUCAGUUUCACCAGGGUACACAGCAAGAAGUCAAGGAUUAGAAUUAUGCCUUACUGGAGUAUCAUUAGAUAGUCUUAGCCCAAUGACAGAUGAACACAUUGUCAGUCACAAAGAUUCUCUAGAAGCAAGUCCCACACAGGAUGAUAUUGACACAACUUCUCACAAAUCUCCAGAUUCACUUGAACCAAGCCCAAUUAAAGAAUCACCAUGCCCAGAUUCCCUUGAAAAUAGCCCUGUGGAACAGAAGUUAAAUGCAGCACUUUCUAUUGCACAACAAAAUGAGAAGUCAGCUUCCACCACAGUAACUGAGAAAAAAACUGAGAGAGUAGAUAUUUCUUUGGAUACUACAUCUGUAAGGAGUAGACUUUUCAGAGAUAUGCGGGGAGAAGGCCCUAUUAACAGAGAGACCAGGAAACUUUUGUCACCUGAAGGAAGUGCAGAGGAAGAUAGUUUGGAUCAAGUAUCACAGAUGGAAAGUUCAGGAAAGAGCCCUCUUUCGCCAGAAACCCCAAGCUCUGAGGAGAUCAGCUACGAAAUCACACCCAAAACGCCCGAUACACACAUUCUGUCAGUGGCUGAGAAACCCAUUGCAAUCCCUGAAAUCCAAGAGGAAAUUGAUGAUGAUUCCCCAGAGAGUGAGUCAAAGAAAAGGUUUACACCUGAAGAAGAAAUGUUUAAAAUGGCAGCCAAAAUUAAAACAUUUGAUGAACUAGAAGAGGAUGCUAGACUAAAGCGUGAAGGUAAAAAGGAGCAAAAAGAAUCUGAAAUAUCUCCAACUCCUUCUAUAACCAAUGUAGAUGAAGCAGAGGUAAUAGUUGUAUCUCAUGCUGAACAUAGAAAGAGCUCCUCAUCUUCAGAGAGUGAGCCAGAACUAACUCAGCUAAGCAAAGAGGCUGAUGGUGGAUUAAGUUUGGAGCCAGUUAUUCGAGUUGAACCUCCAUCUCCACUUCCCCUUCCCCUUGGAGUUGAUGGUUCUAGCCCUGAAGAUGCAGAAUUUCAUCCCAUUGUAGGCAAAAAAUAUACUUUUAAGAUAAUUGAUGAUGAAAAGGAAGCAAGUGCCCAAGUAGCAGAAGAUGCUAAUGACUUAGACUUAAGAAUAGAAAACAGAAGUUUGGACACAGAUUGCAAUAUUCUAGCUGAUUCACAGUCUUGUGAAGCAGUUCCUAAAGUUAUCGUAACUGGUGGAGGUAAUGAAAUUGAUCAUUUUUCUGAAGUCUGUUCUUUUGCAGCUACUGGUGAGUCUAUUGAAGAAAUUAAAUCUUCAGAAGCAUCAUGCUUUAUGCCUGAAAUGCAAGAGGAUGAUUUCUUAACUGAGGAAGAUGUCCAACGUCUUGAGCAAGCUGCAGAAAAGAGAGAUGAGCUGUGGGUGGGUGGUGUAUCUGAAGAUUCUCAAUUAAAAGCAUUUGGCACAAAGCAACUAGACCAAGAGGCAGCUGUGGAAGUAAACACAUCAAUUGACUGUGCAGAAUAUAAAGGAGUCUUUACAGAUGAAACCACAUUGCAAGACAUAAUCGUAAGACAAGAAGCUGAAGAGCAAUUAAGCAAAAUAAUAAUAACAAAAACAGAUGCUGACCUUGAUGAAUGGAAUACAAUCAGAGAAGAUGAUGAAGCAUUUGCUGCCCGUCUUAAAGAGGAAGAACAGAAAAUAUUUGGCCUAAUGGUUGACAAACAGUCUCGGGGUGCAACUCCAGAUACAACACCAGUAAGAACUCCCACUGAGGAUGGUACGCCAAUCAAUGAAAAAAAUCCAUUCUUGUUUCAAGAAGGAAAAUUAUUUGAGAUGACCAGAAGUGGAGCUAUUGAUAUGAGCAAAAGGACCUAUGGAGAUGAAAGUUUCCAUUUUUUCCAAAUUGGAGAAAAUCAAGCUGUUGAAGCUUUAACAGAAGAAUCAAAAAUGGAGAAAACUGAAGAUGAGAUGAAGUCUCCUAAAAUUGAAUAUAUGCCUGAAAGACUUGCUACUCAGUCUCAUACUGAGUUUCAGUAUAAUUCAUUACCAGAUUCAGUGUCCAAUACUGAAUCUGACAUUCAAUCCCCUACUGAGUUACAUUGCACAGAUGAACAAAUAGCUACAAAAAAUGAGCAAAAGUCACGAAUUCCAAUCAAAAUGGGCAUUUCUGCAGCAACCAAACCUUCAAAAAGGGACUCUUCAAUUCCUGAAGUCGCUGAAGUAAAGCCUUUCAAUUUUGAUGAUGAAGUGAAUGCUGUUACCUCUCCUGACUCAGCAAUGACUCAUGUCCAGUUAGAUUUUUCCACAGUAACUCGGACGGUUUGUUCACAGCAGGCUGGAAAAAGUGAUGAUGAUUCAUCAGAUUCAUCACCUGAAGAGCAACGUUCAGUCAUUGAGAUUCCUACUGCAAUCGUUCAACAAACGUAUCAGGCAGAGGCAAAAUCAAAACUGCCUGUCAGGCAUACUGCUGUUGUAACUGCAAUACCUCGAACACCAACUACACCUGAAGACAAGGCUCCUUCACCAGCUCGUUCAUCUCCAUCAAGUAUUCAAGAAGGAUCUACAGAUGAUACAGUGAAAUCAAAAUCUAGAAUUCCUGUUAAGGCUGUCACACACCGGUUAGACCACAGCUGUUCACCCAUGUUGCCAGAUACAAAAAAGACUUCAGAGUCCAUCAAAGUUCACGAGGUGAAAUCUAGAUUGCCAGUAAGACAAGAACCACGAAGCAAGUCAGAGUCCGAUGCAAUCAAUUCUGCAGAGAAGAAAUUUAAACUCUUUAAUAAAGGGAAAAGUUGUGACAAUGAAUCUGAUGCAAAAGAGCCAAUUGACCAUUUUAGUGCUGGAUCAGAAACAGGGGAAAGUACUAAACCAAAAGUAUUCCAAUCAAGACUUCCAGUAAAAACCAAAGCUAGUCAAAGUUCACAACUUGCAACUGGUUCUUCUAAAGGCAACAAGGAUAAGUUCUUUGAACUUUAUAAACAUUCAAUUGAAUUUUUUGAAGAGAUAAGUGAUGAGGCUUCAAAGUUGGUUGAUCGUUUGACGGAGGAAGAACGAGAUCGUGAGGUGUUAUCAGAUGAUGAUAGCAGUGCUGUAGAUAGUUCUAUUAUUGAAACUGAGCAGCCCAGUGAAAUGCAUCAACCUCUUCCUGAAGACCUGUUUGAUGUGAGGCCUAUCUGGGAUGAAUCUGUUGAAACUCAGAUUGAAAGAAUUCCUGAAGAAAAUGGCCACGACCACUUUGAAGCUGUAGAUGCUCAGGACGACUCUGAAAGAGCUGAGCAAAGGCUGUACCUUAUUGCUGACCAUCUUGGAUUCAGCUGGACAGAGCUGGCCAGGGACCUGGAUUUCAGUGAGGAACAGAUCCACCAAAUCAGAAUUGAAAAUCCAAAUUCAUUGGUGGACCAGAGCCAUGCACUUUUGAAGUAUUGGAUAGAAAGAGAUGGCAAGAAUGCUUCAGAUGAAAAACUAAUGGAGACAUUGACCAAAAUUAAUCGGAUGGAUAUUAUCAGUUUAUUGGAAACUACACAGAUUUCACCCAGCAGAGAGCAUGUUUCCCGCACUUAUGCAGAGAUUGAACAAACAAUAGCACUGGAUCACAGUGAAGGUUUCUCUGCACUUUCAGAUGACCUGUACAGUCCAAAGACCAUGAGAUUUGGACAACCAGCUUCUAGAGAGCUAUACAGUGAUCUAGCCCAAGCAGUUCGUGAACACCAUGGUGAAUGCUUUCAAACACAACCACCUCUUGUCUCAGAGGAAGACAGUUCCAUCAGUUGCUGUAAACCUCAGGAAGAAAGCCCCAAAGCCACAGCAAAGUCGCAAGAUCAGUCAAAAGAGUCAGUGGAUGAACAGUUCAUGUCAAAGCCCUUGAUACAAGCUGAAAAAGGAAAAGAUGAUGAAGCAAAGGAGAAAUCACUUUCUGACACUCAAAGGGAAGGAUCCAUACUGGGGAAACAAGAGUCUGCAGAAUCUGAUGGGGAACUAACUAACUUGCAAAAAGGAAAAGGUGAGGAACUGGAACAUGAUGUCCAGGGGAAAGGGGCAAUUGAACAGCCUGAAGAAAUGGUAACGCUGAGGAUAGAGGAAGAAAGUCCCAUUGUUCAGGAACCUGAUGAAGUUCAAAUUUAUGAGGGUUUGCAUGCUUCCCAAACAACUGGCCCCACUAUUGUGGAAACAACUGAGGAGCCGCCAGAAAAAAUGAAAAAGGCCUUUGGGGAGAAAACACUUGAAAAGGAAAUAGCAGAAGAAUUGGGGGCUCUGGAAAGCAGUUCUGAUGAGGAGACAGUAACCACCAGGGUCAUCCGCCGGCGGGUGAUCAUUCAGGCUGAUGAGAUGUUUGAUGUUCUGCCAGAGUCAGUUACCGAAGAACAAUACACAGAUGAACAUGGAAAUACCAUUGUGAAAAAGGUUACAAGAAAGAUUAUCAGGCGUUUAGUGUCUCCCGAUGGGACUGAAAAGGAGGAAGUCAUCGUGCAAGGUGCAGAGCAUGAACCAGUUACAAUUGAAGAUGGAGAUGGAUAUUCAAAAGUUUUAAAGCGGACUGUACUGAAAACUGACAGUGAACAGUCCGAGCUCACAUUUUCAGAACCACAAGUGACUUCAGGCUCUGAAUUCCAGUCUGAGCAGGUCGAGGGCCGCAGAGUCAGUAAGGUCAUCAAGAAAACUGUGGUCCAUGGGGACAGGAUGGAGAAACACCUUGGAGAUCCCAAGUUGGCAUCUGACCUUCCAACAGCCAAAGAUGAUUUUAAUAUGGCUCUAAGUUUUGCAGGGAACCAUGGAAAGGUCCAUAUACCAAAUGUAGCUCAAAGAGAGAUUGUAAAAGAGGAUGGAUCAGUUAUUAAAAGGGCGACCAUGAGUAAAGCUAGUGCACAGAAGAGGACUGUGGUGAAGGACCAGGAGGGAAAGCAUGUACAUGAGGAACGGCUGGAGGAUGUGCCUGAAGCGCUACAAGAAGAUGACCUGAAACUUGACCUACAACAACUUCUCGGUCAUUUUUGCAAUGAGGACUGGAAACAGGAUGAAAAAUAAACACUUAAAUCUCUCAUAUCUAUUCUGUCACUACUGCACAGUUUGCUCACAUGGAGAAAUUGUAUAUUAUUUUUUCCCCAUCUGAAGAUGCUGGAGUUCCUGUGCAGAAAGGUAGAUUUGGAUUAGACUUUUCUCUUUACCGUAAGUAAAUUUGUGACCAAAGAUGGCAUCCAUGUCUUGGGUGACUUAUACUGUUUGAACCUUAGAGCUUCCUCAUGUGGCUGUAUUAGGAACAUGCAAACACUGCUGCCUCCAAACUGCAACAACUGUACUGAAAUUCAGAAAUACUUCAUCCACAGGCCUCUUCUCAUUUUCUGUUCCUGAAGGACUUUACAACACAAACGUGUAAAUAGCAAAAGUGUUUAGGCUUGUGAAACUAAGGUACUGCCUACCUUGACUACUCCAAUCACCACCAAACACAAGAUCCUUUCUUCAUUGCUGAAUUGAUUCUGACUAAAUGUCGCCAUAGUGACAGAUUGUGAGUGUGCAGGCCUAGUAGGGAGCACUUAAGGAUCUUACAAUCUCUCAAACUUUCUCAAAGCUUAAUAAAUAUGCUAGCACCUGUACUUAAUGUAUCAGACAUAUCUCCAUAAAUUGCAUUAGUAUGAAUUUAAAUGGUGAGUGUGUGGCAGGCUACAUUUGGUUGUGUAUUUCAUGCUGCCAUACUUGUUUCCAGAAAUUUGCAACGUUCUUCACUGCUUUCACCAAAUCACAUAGUCUUGUAUCUGUGAUUUGGUACUUUUUACAGGCACCAUAGAUAACUGGAAUUGGGUUGAACUUUAAAUAAAAAAAAAAGACAGAAUUUUUUGGUUAUUUCAGCAUUAUGUAACAAGACUGGCUUCUUUUUGUAAAUGCAUGUAGUAUUUAUAGCUGUUGUAAUCAUUGAUACAGUUGUUUAACCAUCUUUGCACUGGGAAAAUGUUUUAGCUCGCUGCCUCAACAGCAACAAAAAAUAGAAACGAUAAACACAAGAAUCAAUUAUGGUAAAUAUGUAGUAUUUUUACUUGUUCAGUUCUGCCCUUCAGUGUGUUCAUAAGAUUUUAUUGUAGAUUUUUUUUAAGUUAUUAUGGUACAGAAAACUUGUUAAUAUGAGGAUAAUAUUUGCUCAGUGCUCAGAAAGUUAAAUAAAGGAAAUUUAAUUUACUCACUCAAUCAGUGCAGGCAAAAUGUCAAUUUUGUUUUGUUAGUGUCACAGCCUGCACAGACUGAAUACAAGAACCAUCAGAGAGAAUGUAUAACUGUUUUAGCCAGGCCAUGUGGUGUUACAUGAGCACAGAUGAUGUCUCUGUAAUUACAUUUUGAUUUAUACUUUUUUUUUGCUGUGUAAUCAAAGAACUUCAGAACUGUGAGAAGGAGUGAAUUUUAAUUUGAUGAAUCAGCAUCUUGUUCCCAUGGUGAUACAAAUAUUGUAUAUGAUAUCUAUGAGGGCAUGUAUUAGAAUAAUAAUAAAUGGAAGCAAACUUAAAACACUAACCAAUACAUAGCAACUGCAAUGUGUAAAAUGGCUGAUUUAAUUAAAAUAAAAUGUACAAGUGUUACAUGUAA